AUGGACAACAAGGCUGGCAAUACUGCUAGCAACAGACACGGCUUUCGCGCUGAGCGCGACUCCGACUUUGACCGGCACCAAGACUAUGGUCCCCACCGCCGCUUACGUUCUAGGCGAGCUGUUUGUACCGGCACCGCUCCAACGACGGCGCCGACUGCCACGGCAGUGUCGUAUGUCCCCAAUGCUUACUUCCCAUUCCCCUACAUAGCAACGUCACUCGACCGUGGCGAGUGCUCCUCGGCCCUUAGCCAAUGUUCCCGGAACUACCAGAGUUGUGUCACUCAGCUGGACGGCAACGCGGGCUUCGGCGUUACCGUAGUCAUUCCCGGCGGAGGUGGAACUACCGUCGCCGCCACCCGUCCGGACGUCGGAACAUCGGCGACACCGAUUUGUUCCAGUCUUAGCUCUCAAGCCUGCUACGGCUUGUCCAACGACCAGUGCGCGCAAUCGACAACAGUGAACGGCGUCGUUAUCAAUGCUGCUGCACGGCCAACAGCGGCCUGCGUGGCUAGACUCGCAGCGGGAUUAGGAAUCGCUGUCUUCGGUGCCAUGCGAUGA